AACUCUCCACUAAUAUUGAACUUGAAAUUUCAUAUGAAAGUAUAUUUUCAGAACAAUGCUCAUCAAAUAAAAAUGUGCAUAAAAUACCAAAUGAAUGUUUAAAUAAUUCAACAAAUGAAGACACACCAAAUCAAAGAACUCAAGGCACUCAAGAAUUACAUUAG